GGUUCCUUCCGCUCCGCGUCUCCGUUGACUGGAGACUGGCGGAGCGCUGGCUCCCAGGUUCGGUGGCCUCUAGUGAGAUCCGGAGGUGAGGCGGGAGGUGGCCGCGAAGGGGGGGUCCAAGAAUUCUGUAACUACAAUGUUGUCAAGACUUUUCCGAAUGCAUGGCCUCUUUGUGGCCUCCCACCCCUGGGAAGUCAUAGUGGGGACAGUGACACUGACCAUCUGUAUGAUGUCCAUGAACAUGUUUACUGGUAACGAUAAGAUCUGUGGUUGGAAUUAUGAGUGUCCAAAGUUUGAAGAGGAUGUUUUGAGCAGUGACAUAAUAAUUCUGACAAUAACACGAUGCAUAGCUAUCCUGUAUAUUUACUUCCAGUUUCAGAAUUUACGUCAACUUGGAUCAAAAUACAUUUUGGGAAUUGCUGGCCUCUUCACAAUUUUCUCGAGUUUUGUAUUCAGCACAGUUGUCAUUCAUUUCUUAGAUAAAGAGCUGACGGGCUUGAAUGAAGCUUUGCCCUUUUUCUUACUUUUGAUCGACCUUUCCAGAGCAAGUGCACUAGCAAAAUUUGCCCUCAGUUCCAACUCACAGGAUGAAGUAAGGGAAAAUAUUGCUCGUGGAAUGGCAAUUUUAGGUCCCACAUUCACCCUUGAUGCUCUUGUAGAAUGCCUUGUGAUUGGAGUUGGUACCAUGUCAGGGGUGCGUCAACUUGAGAUUAUGUGCUGUUUUGGCUGUAUGUCAGUUCUUGCCAACUACUUUGUGUUCAUGACUUUCUUCCCAGCUUGUGUGUCCUUGGUUUUAGAGCUUUCUCGAGAAAGCCGUGAGGGUCGUCCAAUUUGGCAGCUCAGUCAUUUUGCCCGUGUUUUAGAAGAAGAAGAAAAUAAACCAAAUCCUGUUACUCAGAGAGUUAAAAUGAUUAUGUCCCUAGGUUUGGUUCUUGUUCAUGCUCACAGUCGCUGGAUAGCUGACCCUUCUCCUCAAAACAGUACGACGGAGAAUUCUAAGGUUUCUUUAGAACUGGAUGAAAAUGUGUCCAAAAGAAUUGAACCAAGUGUUUCCCUCUGGCAGUUUUAUCUCUCCAAAAUGAUCAGCAUGGAUAUUGAACAAGUUAUUACCCUUAGUUUAGCUCUUCUUCUGGCAGUCAAGUACAUCUUCUUUGAACAAGCAGAGACAGAAUCUACACUCUCAUUGAAAAACCCCAUCACAUCCCCUGUAGUGACCCAAAAGAAAGUCCCAGACAAUUGUUGUAGACGAGAACCUGUACAGGUCAGAAGUAACCAGAAACUUCAUUCAGUGGAGGAGGAAACAAGGGCAAACAGUGAAAGAAAAGCUGAGGUUAUAAAACCCUUAGUGGCAGAAACUGACAGUUCAAACAAAGCUACAUUUGUGGUUGGUAACUCCUCACCUGAUAUGUCACUGGAACUAGAGACACGAGAACCUGAAAUUGAACUUCCCACAGAACCUCGGGCUAAUGAAGAAUGUCUACAGAUACUUGGGAAUGCAGAGAAAGGUGCAAAAUUCCUUAGUGAUGCUGAGGUCAUUCAGUUAGUCAAUGCCAAGCAUAUCCCGGCAUACAAGUUGGAGACGCUGAUGGAAACCCAUGAACGAGGUGUAUCUAUUCGCCGACAGUUACUUUCCAAAAAACUUCCAGAGCCUUCUUCUCUCCAGUAUCUGCCUUACAGGGACUAUAAUUACUCACUGGUGAUGGGAGCUUGUUGUGAGAAUGUCAUUGGAUACAUGCCCAUUCCUGUUGGAGUGGCAGGCCCUCUGUGCUUGGAUGGAAAGGAAUUUCAAGUUCCAAUGGCAACAACAGAGGGUUGUCUUGUGGCCAGCACGAACAGAGGCUGCAGAGCAAUAGGGCUCGGUGGAGGUGCCAGCAGCCGAGUCCUUGCGGAUGGAAUGACUCGUGGCCCGGUAGUGCGGCUUCCUCGUGCUUGUGAUUCAGCAGAAGUGAAGGCUUGGCUUGAGACACCUGCAGGGUUCACUGUGAUAAAGGAGGCGUUCGACAGCACCAGCAGAUUUGCACGUCUACAGAAGCUUCAUAUAAGUAUGGCUGGACGCAACCUUUAUAUCCGUUUCCAGUCCCGGUCAGGAGAUGCCAUGGGGAUGAACAUGAUUUCCAAGGGUACAGAGAAAGCACUUUCAAAGCUUCAAGAGUAUUUCCCUGAACUGCAGAUUUUAGCAGUUAGUGGUAACUAUUGUACUGACAAGAAACCUGCUGCUAUAAAUUGGAUAGAAGGAAGAGGAAAGUCUGUUGUUUGUGAAGCCGUCAUCCCUGCUAAAGUCGUCAGAGAAGUGCUAAAGACCACUACAGAAGCUCUGGUUGAUGUGAACAUUAAUAAGAAUUUGGUAGGCUCUGCCAUGGCCGGAAGCAUUGGUGGCUACAACGCCCAUGCAGCCAACAUCGUCACUGCUAUCUACAUUGCCUGUGGACAGGAUGCAGCACAGAACGUUGGUAGUUCAAACUGUAUCACCAUCAUGGAAGCAUGUGGUCCCACCAAUGAAGAUUUGUAUAUCAGUUGCACCAUGCCAUCUAUAGAAAUAGGAACUGUGGGUGGUGGGACCAAUCUGCUCCCUCAGCAAGCCUGUUUGCAGAUGCUAGGUGUUCAAGGAGCGUGUAAAGACAAUCCUGGGGAGAAUGCCCGACAGCUUGCUCGAAUUGUGUGUGGUACUGUCAUGGCUGGGGAACUGUCACUGAUGGCAGCACUGGCAGCAGGACAUCUUGUCAAGAGUCACAUGAUUCACAACAGGUCAAAGAUUAAUUUACAAGACCUUCAAGGAACUUGCACUAAGAAGGCAGCCUGAAUAGUCUGACAUUCUAAACUGAAAUUCGGGCGUUGGGUUCUAAAGGACUAACAUAAAAUCUGUGAAUUAAAAAGCUCGAUGCAGUGUCUUGUUGAGGAUGAAUAGACGUGAUCAGUGAGACGGCUGCUUGGUUUUGGGCUCUUUCAGAGGGUCUGAGUCCUUUCCAUGCAGAUUCCUCAAAUCUGGAAACAGUUUAAUGCUUUACAUGCUGUGUUCUUUGGAAAGAUCUCAACAUGGAUAUCAUGCUUUAAAGCAUCACAGAUGGUAAUCUACAGCUCACUUCUGAAAGAAUACAAGCUGGAAAAUGUGUUGCCUUUGAUGAAAUUUUCUUUUGAUGAAAUGGAGUUCAUGAUGAUCAACGUGAGAUUACCCCUUCUAGCUCCCCACCCCACCCUGGGUUGAAAAUGGAUUUUUAAAUUAUACUGUAGUUGACAGAACUCCUGAUUUCAUAGUUAAUUUAUUAAGCCUGGGUUGUAGAACUUGAAGAAAUAAGAGCUAAUUUUAUUUUUUGUAAGCUAAUAUUUCAUUUGGUGCUGGUUUAUUUUGGUUUCUUUUUUGGGUAGCCAACAUUAUUCUUCAGAAGGGGACUUGUUUUCUUCAAGGGAAGAAUUACUCUUACUCCCAAACUACAGAAUAAUGUGCUGAAAGCAGUGCUAACUGGUUCUCUAUCAGGAAAACAAAUCACUGCAUUUAUACAGGCUAUUCAGAGAGGCCUCUUGUCUAAAUGUGUUGACUUAGAUUGGCUAUAACAUAUCUUUCAGCAUAAGGCUUUAAGAAACAGUUUUCUGCUCUUAAUUAGAGAUGCAAGAGUAUUUAAUAUUGUAUAGAUAAAGGUGACUCUGUUUAUGAAGAACAUACAAGCCUGUGACACCCUCAAAAAUCCGAAGGUAGAGAAAACAGGUUUAAAGAAAAAUACCAUUUCUCUAAACCAACUUUGAUUUCUUAAAAGACCAAUAUAUUUAGCUGAGAAAUCUACAUAGUUUUUUUUGUAAAGAACUGUAUCAAAUCUGUAUAUGUUGUAAUAAAAUUUCUUAUGCUAGGAGUUUAUUGAAAGUGUUCAAGAAAUAAAAAUCAACUUGUAUACUGAUAAAACACUCUUAAACUUGGGCUAGAGAAAAUAGUGUUCUUUAAAGUCCAGGAAACCCUGCCUUGCUAUGGAGCUAAUGAAAGGGAAAGUCAGUUUUCAGAGCUGGUGAGCUGCCUGUGAAUGGCCCUGGAGGAAUGUGCCCUGUUCCUGGGGCCAGGAGGUUGGUGACCGAAACACUCACACAGGGCUCUUGGAUGGACCCAUAAAAGCUCUUAGCUUUCUCAGGGUGUCAGCAGAGUUGUUGAAUCUUAACCAUUUUUUUUAAUGUACAAGUUUUGUAUAAAUAAUAAAGAACUCUCCGUAUUUUGUAUUACAUCUAAUGCUCCAAGUGUUGGUCUUGGACAGCUGCUAUCUCACGUACAAGAUGGACUCUGACACGUUCUAGUAAUGCCACGGCAGCAUGGAGAGCCUGAGUGAUGUGUAUGCAGUAUUAUUGUUGAAGAUUGACCUUUUCUAUUGUAUGUAAAGCUUAAAUGGCUUCUGUUGUGAGUUUUCAGCCAGUGAUGACUUACCUGAACUUUUCAUGGAAGUUGCAGUGAAAAAUAUGUGUAUUCAUUUUGGUGACUGUAACCGAUAUCCUCUUGCUGAAUUAAUGUUUUGUACAAUUACUAAAUUGUAUACAUUUUGUUACACUUUUUUUUUCCAGUUCUAGUAAAUUAUGAAAAAGAAGUUACCACGCUAAGUGUAAGCAACCUUUUUGUUGGGGUUAAGCCUGAGGCUUCAAAACUUGUGAAGUCUGGUCAGCCUUCUACCUGUGACUCGGGACAGGUAUCCCGACCACCUAUCAUUCUCUAGUAUGUUCUGCUCCAUAGCAUCCACAACAGGCUGGUGGUGUGUGUGUAUUAAAAUUCUCUUCCCUAUCCUUAGUUUGAUUAGUUCGAUUUAUCAUCUCAGCUUUUCAGACACGUUUGGGUAUUGGGGAGUGAGGGUUAGUGGACAGAGAGGGAACAAAGAUUGGGUAGCUAAAACCAAAGGCCACUGCAAGCACACCUUCAAAUAUCAGCUGAAGUGGAGGCUACAGCUUAGAAUAACUCAGUUUGGCCUCUGCUAGAAGAGCUGAUUCCUUUUGUGGUUAUCGACCACACUUGUGCACAACUUAAUGGUGAAAAGAUGUGUUUGAGCUGGUGAGAACCAACGCUAGAGAAUCAGUUUGAAUAUUCUUCCAGAGAUGAUUGUACGGUUUUCAAGGUCAGCCCCUCCAGAAUGGAGUGAUUUGGGGAGCCAUGCAUGGGGCAAGGCAGGGUUUUCCUUCAAUUCAGGAAUGAGAAGGAAACACAAAUUGAAGAUUCUGAGCUCAAUCCCUAUUUGCACAGCAACACAUCAAUGCAAAUCCACUGUGUGUGUACAAACGGCUGAAAUAAGCAAUAAAUU